AACCGAUCUCAACAACACAAAAUAACAAUGAAAUUUUUGAUUCUUUUGCUGAUUUUCCUGAGCAUUGAAACUGAGAAUUUUGCUUUAGCUACGAGAUGCCGAAACCCAGAAAUUCUCGAUUUACGCAGAAUGUUAUUGGAUACUAGAAAAAAGCUUACUCUUCGAAAUGUUCCCGUCAGCUAUGUAGAGAAAAGAACGCGUACGAGGAGAUAUGAUGUAUCCUGUCCUAGUAAACUCGACAUCACGAAAGGUGGGAAAUCAAGAACUUCUAUUUGUCCCACCUAUACUCAAGUAGACAUUGACGUCAACAGAAUUCCGAGAAAAAUCGUUCAGCGCCGGUGUAUGUGUGUCAACUGUCUACCCGUCUUUGACAGUUCCAUGGGAAACCGGACGUUCUCCAGGUGUGUGCCCACCUUCCAGUACCAGAUGGUUCUCCGGAGAGUCGGUUGUCAGGAGGGACUGUACCAGUAUAAACCAGUCAUGGAACCUUUCGUCGUCGGGUGUUCAUGCAAACUUUUCUUUAAGAAGUAGACCUGCAUGAUGACGUAGAAAUGCCAGUGGACAUGUGAUAAAAAAAAACAACUUAGUUCCCGUUUGCCAAUUUUUUUCUUUAUUUGUUUGUAUUCAUCUUUUUUUACUUAUUAUUAAAUCGAUAUUAUAAAGGAC